ACUCCUACUCUCUCCCUGCAGCACACGUCUCUCUCCAGGCUCAAACAUGUGUGACGACGAUGAGACUACCGCUUUGGUGUGCGAUAACGGUUCUGGCUUAGUGAAAGCUGGUUUUGCCGGAGACGAUGCUCCCCGUGCUGUGUUCCCUUCCAUUGUGGGACGUCCCCGUCACCAGGGUGUCAUGGUUGGUAUGGGCCAGAAAGAUUCCUAUGUAGGGGAUGAAGCCCAGAGCAAGAGGGGUAUUCUGACCCUCAAGUACCCAAUUGAGCAUGGUAUCAUCACCAACUGGGAUGACAUGGAGAAGAUCUGGCAUCAUACCUUUUACAAUGAGUUGCGUGUGGCCCCUGAGGAACACCCCACCCUGCUCACAGAGGCACCUCUUAACCCCAAAGCCAACCGUGAAAAAAUGACACAGAUCAUGUUUGAGACCUUCAAUGUUCCAGCAAUGUAUGUAGCCAUCCAGGCCGUCCUGUCCUUAUAUGCAUCUGGACGUACCACUGGUAUUGUCCUGGACUCUGGUGAUGGUGUGACCCACAAUGUGCCAAUUUAUGAAGGUUAUGCUCUGCCUCAUGCCAUCCAGCGUCUGGACCUUGCCGGACGUGACCUGACCGACUACCUCAUGAAGAUCCUGACUGAGAGAGGCUACUCUUUUGUCACAACAGCUGAAAGGGAGAUUGUGAGGGACAUCAAGGAGAAGCUUGCCUAUGUGGCUUUGGACUUUGAGAAUGAGAUGGCAACAGCAGCCUCUUCCUCAUCUCUGGAGAAAAGCUAUGAGCUCCCAGACGGACAGGUCAUUACAAUUGGAAAUGAAAGGUUCCGCUGCCCAGAAACACUCUUCCAGCCAUCCUUCAUUGGUAUGGAAUCUGCAGGUAUCCAUGAGACCACUUACAACUCCAUCAUGAAGUGCGACAUUGACAUCCGUAAGGAUCUGUAUGCCAACAACGUUUUGUCUGGUGGUACCACCAUGUACCCUGGUAUUGCUGACCGUAUGCAGAAGGAAAUCACAGCCCUUGCUCCAAGCACAAUGAAGAUCAAGAUUAUUGCUCCCCCAGAACGUAAAUAUUCCGUAUGGAUUGGAGGCUCCAUCCUUGCUUCUCUCUCUACCUUCCAACAGAUGUGGAUCACCAAGCAGGAAUAUGAUGAGGCUGGCCCCUCAAUUGUGCACAGAAAGUGCUUCUAAUUAUGUUCUUACCCCAAUCCCUCUGUGUACAGUUCUCACAAAUAUGUACAAAAUGACAGUAAAAAAUUUGUUAUGAACAUUAAAAA